GGCAACACUGAGAUUUUUGGUUGAAAGAGUGAAACUCGGCUUCUGGAGUGGAGCAAACCUUGAAAGUGAACAAGACGGGGACUUGAGGCCCGCAUUCUCGGACGUUUUCCUGCUCUCUUACCCGUACCCGACCCGUGUUAAUUGGCCGCUAUAACUGGUCAUCGAUCCCCAUGAAGGUGGAAGUGGGCCUCCUGGAUGGGGGUAACGUCCUCUAUGACGUGGAUCCCAAGCAAAACGGCCAAGACUUGCUGGACAUGGUGGCGGAAUCCUUGAACCUCAUGGAAAAGGACUACUUUGGCUUCCUGGUCCUGGACCGACACGACAAGAUCUGGACGUGGCUUCACGCCGACCGGAAACUGACCAAACAACUUAAAGCCACGGGCGAGACGGACCGUGUGUUGUUCCAGGUCAAGUUCUAUCCGCCGGAGCCGGCCCAACUUCAGGAGGAUUUGACGCGAUACCAGAUGUGUCUGCAGAUUCAAAGCGACAUCAAAAGCGGCAAAUUGCCGUGUUCGUUCGUGACGCAUGCCCUCUUGGGCGCGUACUUGGUCCAGAGCGAAUUGGGCGAUUACGAUCCCAUUGAGCACGGGUUGACCGUGGAUUAUCUGCGUGAAUUCGAUUUUGCGCCCUCACAAAGCGACGAUCUGUUGGAAAAAAUCAUGGAGAUCCACAAAUCCAGUUUGAAAGGCCAGACUCCGGCUGAGGCGGAACUGCAUUAUUUGGAGAAUGCCAAGAAACUGGCCAUGUACGGGGUGAGCCUGCAUCACGCCAAAGAUUCCGAGGGCGUGGAUAUCAUGUUGGGCGUGUGCUCGUCGGGCAUCUUGGUGUAUCGCGAUCGAUUGCGGAUCAAUCGCUUCGCUUGGCCCAAGAUCAUCAAGAUCUCGUACAAACGCAAUGGCUUCUUCAUCAAACUCCGUCCUGGUGAGUUUGAACAGUUCGAAUCUACCAUUGGAUUCAAGCUGAGCAAUCACCGGGCGGCCAAGCGACUUUGGAAGAUCUGCGUUGAGCAUCAUAGCUUCUUCCGACUCCUCUCACCGGAGCCGAAAGAGAAGUUCCGAUUUCCUCGAUUCGGAUCCAAAUUCCGCUAUUCGGGCCGCACUCAACAUCAAGCCCAGACCAUUCGACCUCGCAAAGGGAAUCCUGAUGAGGAUUACAAAUCCUUGCCCAAGGGGUCCUUGUCCAUGAAUCUCUUGGGUGAGAAACCCACCGAGCCUAAAAAUGCACCUUUGGGUGAUAAAUACAAACACAAGCGAGGGGUUCAUCCACCUAAAUCCGCACCUUUUGUCAUGGAUUACGAUCCGGAACCAUCGCCUAUGAAUGACGUCAAUCCCGAUAGCCAGGGGACGGACUUGAUGAUUCACUCGCCGAAUACCGGCAACGGUAACCACGACGUCACCAAACCCCAUUGGGAUCAUGCCAUAUCUCCCCAACCGAUCCCACUCACCCCGCAGACCCUACAGCCUCUUCAGCCUCUUCAGCCCCCGACGCAGCCUCCACAGCCUUACUCAGAAUCCUAUGGAGUGGGAGAGGCGGGCAUCCCCAAAGACCAUUCCGGCACAUUCUCGGCUGGUGCCACCCAAUUGAGACAAUAUCAGGAUCCAGCGACCGGAAAGAAACAUAGUAUUGCCAGUGGUCGCGUACUCCAAGCGGAGAUGCACGGCGACAAUGAAUUUAAUCUGACCUCCCUUUCGGUUCAGCGAACUACCACGUCGGAAUCCAAAAACAAAGAAACCACCGAAGAAACAUCUUGGGAUGAUUCCCGUAAAGCCAUUGCUCCUCCGGUCCAAACCAAUUUUGGCUACGGAAAGGACGUCGAUGACGAGAAUGCCAGCGACGACGAUGACGACGAUGACCAGGACCACCGGGAUUUAUUGGAAGGAGAAGUGGUGUCGUCUCAAACCAUCACCAGCCGGUCGAGAACAGUGGAAACCACGACCUAUUCCAUGGAACGUGAUGGUGACGUGGAGACGCGAGUGGAACAAAAGGUCACCAUUCAAUCCGACGGAGAUCCCAUCGAUCAUGACGAAGCUCUGUCACAAGCCAUUCAAGAAGCCACCGCCAUGAAUCCGGAUAUGACCGUGGAAAAGAUCGAGAUUCAUCAAACUUCUCAGGCAGAUUAGAUAGACGGCGGUUUGGAUCGUUCAAAAUGCAUGCUAGUUAUGAUGAGGGUGCUAUCGUUAACGAUGAUAACGCCGAGGAUAGCCAUUAUCAGUCCCAUUAUGCAACUUCUGUAUUAUGUUUGAGUGUACAUAGGAAAGGAGGCCGCUCCUUGUGACCCCCACGGUAUAUCAAUUUCAUCAACCAAACAACCACCCGCCCGGAUAUUGAGCAAGAAAAGUAGAACCUCUUAUCUCGUCAAUUCAUUAUGGUAUUAGUUAUGCUAUUGUUAUUUUACAUUUGUAAUUAGCAAGUCUGGCCCAAUCAAGACGUUCUUUCUUUUCAUAGGCGGUGGACUCAAAUUGGUGUGACUGGCAAUUUUGAAUGAGCUAAUAAAACCCUUAGAGCCUAACCAAAAGCAAA